UGGACUGAAAAAGGAAAACAGGAGCUUUCGACUACUCUUAUUGAUUGAAAGAGAUGAAAGAUAAAAACAAAAACGGAUUCGUUAAAAUGGUUAACUGAAAGAAAUUCGUCUUUGUCUUCUCGGCAAUACGGAUAUUAGAAAGAUGUAGCUAUUAUAAUAUAAUAAAAUAUAAUAUUGAUAGCUGUACGUUGUAUUAGUUUUCAAAAUAUGACAAAAUUCACGUAUAAUGCGGCUAACAAUGGAAAUAUUGCAAAGUCGGAAGUAGCAAUUAUUUGGGUAUGUAAUCAAUCAGGUUCUUAAAGUACUUUACAUUAAAUACCUGAUUUUAUAUUUUUAUAGUUUCGAGUUAAUUUGAUAAACAUUCUAACAUUUAAAUACAAAACAUUGAAGGAAUUCACGGUUGAAAAAAUAAACGAUUUUAUCUAUUAGACUGUAUCAGUUUUGGUGUUUUUUUCGUUAUUAAAGGGGGUCACAGGUUUGAGGCGAGAAGCUCAAAGGGCGUUUAGGAUGACGUGCUCCUUUGAGUAACGUUCACUGAACGUCUAAUUCAUGUAGACCGACAUAUUCUAUUAAUUUGAAAUAAAAUACGAUACAUAAGGAAUCCCGUUUAGCAAACGUGUUCGGUUACGAAUCAAGCAAAUAACUGUUAAAGCAAUAUUACGUUAAACUAUCAGUUGGCAUAUUGUUCAGGGGAUUCAGUAUAAAUAGUCCCAACAAAGAUGAAGAAUGAGAACAUCUUAGGUUAAGAAUUUUGAAUUGCAAAACUACACUGUCGGACAACUUUUUCACCUUCUGCAUUCAGAUUCCUGCCUUGGAAACACAUGGGUGAUGUUUGCUUUUUUAUUUACCAAAACAACACAUACAGUAUGCAAAAACAAAUGGCAGGUAAUCGGGGGCAGUGUUGUGGAAGAGUUCAAAAAGUCAAGGCAGGUGUGCCAUUUGAAACAUCACAGACAGUUGCAGUAGUUAGAAAACUGGGCAAACUGACUCUGAGGCUUUGAAGAUGAACAGGGACGUCCCCAUUCAUAGCUGGCCGGGCUCCUACUACAUUAAUAGCGAGAAACGCUGGGUCACUGGUACUCUGUCUCUGACCCGCUUAUCUAUGAGGUUCACAGCCAGCAAGGGAGAGGAAACUGUGGCCAGCAUCAAGCUUUCUCGUAUUGUAGAGAUCAAGAAGGAGUCCUCCAGCUUUAUUUUCAGUGCUCUUACCAUUCUGGAAGAAGGGAACAUAAAGCACUGGUUCAGCUCUCUGCAGCCCAACCGGGCGGUUGUGUACAAUGUGCUAGAGCACUUCUGGAGGGAGGAGCUGUUGUCAUCUGAUGGUGCCACUGGAGCCACAGCCUCAGAACCACAAAUGAGCAAGGGGAAGGAACUGAUAGGCCUGGUAUCUGGUAGUCAGAAGAGGCUGGAGGAUACUGGGACAGUACUUCACCACCAGGGGGAGCAAUUCGACAACAUCAUGCUGGGGUUGGACAAGAUCGAGUCGGAUUUAGACGUAGCAGACAAGCUGCUUUCAGAACUGGAAUCCCCACCUUGGUGGCCCUUUAGUAAAUUGCCCUGGAGAAGCCAUCAGGAAGCAAAAUGCAAACAGAGAAACAAAUCCCAGAGCCCUGCAUCUGCAUCUACCACAAGAGGUCAUGGAAAGCAGGGGGUGAUAACUAACAUUCCAGUGAUUUAUUCCAAAGGAGGUGACACCAACCUCAAGCCGGGCAAAUUUACAGUGCAAGUGUCAGCUCUAGAGGUUUGUGAUGGCGACUCCCGGCUGAUGCACAGGUUCGAGAGGGAGGAUGUAGAUGACAUCCGAGUUCACAGCCCUUAUGAACUAAGCAUCCGGCAGCGCUUCAUUGGCAAACCAGACAUCAGCUACAAACUCCUUUCGGCCAAAAUGCCCGAAGCUCUGUCAGUGCUGGAGAUGCAGUACAAGAAAAAAAUUGAGUUCAUGCCGGACUAUGCAGAAUUUAUGACAAUGCCUCCAUCACCCACAUCUGAUUCGGAAAACUGUAUAUGGAAUGCAGCCACUGGAUUCAUUGACCGAAUAAGAAUGAAGGAGCUCCCACCAGGUGAGCUGGUACAGUUGCAGGUUCAGGCCCAGCAGUCACCUGUCUCAGAGUCUGAAGCCCAGGAGCUUAAACAGAUGCUGAUGAAGUUAAAGAAUCUAGCCUUGGAAGCUGAGAUGGAGCUGGAACGACAGGAUGAGGCACUAGAUGCAAUCACUUCUUCCACUGACCAGGCAACAACUCACAUUGAAAAACACACCCGCCGUAUGAAGAAGAUGUUGUAGACGCAAAACAAUAGCAAACACACUGCCCAUUAUGAAAAGGGCAAGCACUCACAAGUCUGAGAAACAGCAGGAUUAUUCUUGAAGUAACAUUGCCGCUGCGCUUUUAACUGAAGAUGCAUGGCACAGAGUGAAGCUGUCAGAGAAUCUUAACUUUACAGUUCUAGGUGUCUGUUUUUCGGGUAUAGUACAUCAGACUUUUUCACUGUUUUGAUCUGCUGUGCACAACAAGAGCAGUAGUGAAAUGCCAUAAAAUAGAAUCUCUUAAAUUGUUAUUGGUAUUUUGUUUUGAGUAUAAUUAUCUUUACCAGAAAUAUAUUGUUCAUCGAAUACUGUACACAGCCACUAACACUAACUCAGUGAUGGAGUUACAUUUGGUUUAAAUAUUAUUUGUCACAUGUUCCUAGAUGAAGGGUAAUGGGUAUUUCUGCAUUGCAUAUAAUACGAGGUAAUGUAUAUUUAUUAAAACUCAAGCAUAGACGAUAUCAAUGUACUGCAUACACUUGACUGUACUGAACUCCACACUUUUACCUGUUACUGUAUGUAGCAGCUUACUGCUGUUUGCCUUUGAGGUCUAUAAGCUGUAGACAGUCACAAGACAAUCCAAGACUAUUAUUUUUAAUGAAAUAGUUUUGCACAGUUACCCUGAGCAAUAACAAUAGAUAUGUACUGUAGCUGCACUGCCUAUCUUUUACAUUAGUCUUGUCCUUUAGCAGGGGAUUUUUACAGGUUAUAUUUCUGUUAGUGAUUGUUUUUAUGCCUAAACAUUGUAAUUAGAAUACUGUACCUCAGAGCAUGUCAUGCAUGAAGCCUACUGUAGUAAAUAGUUCCAGGAAGCAUGUUUGUUAUGCAUGUCAAAAGGUCAUAAAUGUAAUUAAACUAUUUUGCAUGAUAUCCUUAUUGUUAAUCAUAUUACUUCGAGCAUUAGUCAGUUUUAAUAAUUCACCCAUUGUCAACUGGUUAUAAAUUCUAUAUUACACUUGAGAUGAAUGAAUAGAAGUGAAUACUUUCAUUACAGAAAUGAGUGGUUUGACAUUAAUUUUUAAUAAUAAUAUUCAAUAUAAGAGUGAUAUUCAGUUUUUCGCCCUUGAAGUGGAUUUUGCUUUAGAUGUUUGAAACUGUCAUAUCACACAUGGAUGUAUUAAAUGUUGAUGUUUGAAGUAUGGCUUCAUAAACCAAAGGUAUUGUAGUUACAGUAAUGUACUAAGGGCAUAUAGUGAAUCGAUAACAAACUCCCAUCAGUCUGUUCUUGCUUGGACAAAAUGUAAAUUAGUUCAUAAGGAUAUUUACAGAAAAAAAUAGGAAUUUUGAAAGUGCAUCUGCAGAGAAUUUGCUGAUAUAACUUAGAUUAUUAAACUUCUUCAAGGUUCUAUGAAUCUUGCUUCAAUAUCCUUUAAAAGCAAAUGAACACAUUUGAAUGCUGAUUUUUCAUAGCACUGUCUUCUUUUCUUUUAGGGAGCAUUCUGACUUAAAGGCAAUCAGUUGUAAAUACACAGAUGGUAGUUUCACACUAGUGGCUUUUCAGCAAAGCAUAUACAGUACCUGUACAUCAAAUGUCAGAACCUGUGGUUCCUGUUGUGCUGAGCAGGAUUACUCUUGCAACAACACAUCAGCUGGAAAAAGUAACCUGUCAAUAACCAGUGAUAACAGUCCAAUGACAGUCUUGUCACUAAAUAAACAUUUACAGAUGUUUAGGAAAGUAAUGCUUUUCAUUUGCAGUAAUGUAAUUACCUUCUUAGGCCCUUUAAGUCACAGUACUUACGUAUUGUAUACUGCAGUUUUGAAAUGUUCCUAUUGGAUCAAGUCUGUAAGGAUUCUGAACUUGGCUAAUUGAAUUUAAGUAUGUUGUGGAACAGUCUUAUCAUGCUCAUAUGUUUAAAUUUCCAAAAUGCUGAUUACUAAUUUGCACUAAAAACCCUGACAUAAAUUAUGGUCCUUUCUUUCACUUUUAUGGCUGUUAUUAAAUGCAAAGUGGUUUUUGGCAAUGUUUGCUGUCUAUAUUGUGUAAUGUUACAAAGACGUUUUGAAAAUAGUGUACCUUGCUUAGUUUACAUUGAUGCACAUAAAGAAAAUUCAUUAUCUGUUAUAAUACAUACCAUACAUAUUAUAUAUAUAGCAGUUAGAGCAAUAUAUUUUUUAAUUUACUGGAAAUCAAUGGUACAAGUUGACUAAAAUCUAGGAAUAAUAUAUACUUUAGUUUUAAUGAUCCCAGGAAAACAAAAAAACUAAAAAGGCAACCAGUACCACUUAUCAUGCAUGAUUACUAGCCGGAUUUACCACUAAUCCAGAUAUUUACUAUAUGUAGGAGGACUUUAUUCAUGGUUUAGAAAUUAAAGAGCUGUGCCUUGAGUGAAAAGAGGCAAACCAUAAUAAAUGUCAGAAAACUCCCUCCCAGGCAAGCUGGAUUUGUGUCUUUGCAGAGUUGCUUGGUUACUGACUUUGUUUCUUAAAAAGGCAGCAGUUUACCUGUUUUCACAAGUGAACCACAUAAUGUUUGUAUUAAGGAUUUUUGAGGAAAUUGUUAAGAGUUCAAGUGCAUUACUUCACUAAAUCAAAAACAAAUGUAAGUGGUUAGUUAUUAUGACUAGCACUGAUGUGAUAUGUAAUAUUUCAUUUUCCUCACUGUCUCAUAACAUAUUUUUGAGAAAUAGCUGUGAGGAUUAUUGUCAUAAUCUUAGCAUUUAUUAAAAAAAACACAUUUACAGAAUUGCCUUGCGUGCAGCUUUGUUGAUAUGUGAAAUGUCUUCUUUUUUAUUUAGUGUGCUAAUAUGCAGUAUGAAUGUCCAGUGUGAUGCAGGGAGAAGGGAGAAAUUGGAAAUGUAUUGAAAAUUAAUGUGCAGCAACAUUAGGUUUUCUCUCUAAAUAAAAAGGCAGAUCUUAGUUUGCUUCUUUUUACAGUUGAGCCAGAUUCCAGGAAUUGAAAUUAAGCAGACAUUACACAUUUCAUAUUUUUUUCCAAAUUUAUAGAAAUAUAGUAUUAAUGUGUUAAAAAUAUGUAUGAAAUCUGUAUGUUAAUACUGUAUUUGCUGCUGUGGGAUCCUGUAUUCAGUUCCUGACUGGGGCACAUUCUGUAUGAAGUUUGCAUGUUCUCCCUCGUUAAUGUGUGCUUUCACUAAGGGCACUGGCUUUCUCCCACUUUCCAAGGCCACAUUGAUCACAAAAAUCAGUAGCUCUAACUUGUCCCUGCAUGUGUGUGCGGGCCCUCACAGUGUAGUCCUAUCUUGUGUACUUCCAGAACAGGCUUUGAGUUGCUACUUCCACCCUUCCCAGAAGUAGCUGACAUUUUGAUAAGGGAUGACAUGCUAAGGGAUAAGGGAAGACUUAUUUUGAAAACAAUAUUUUAGUGCAUUACAAUAAAAUUACUUCUCACAAAAAGGAGCCUUACAAGUGGGUUGUGCUGGUAAUGUGCCACCCUUGUAGUUUUCAUACUUGGGAGGGAAAUGAUGUAGAAAAACAUGCACUUCAAGGACACUCAGACAGGCUCUUGAAGAAAGUCUUUUCAAAUUCUGCGACUACAGGAAGAAUGAUUUGUGAAACCGCAGCAGACUACAAGGAUCUUAGUAAUCCCACAAAGUCUUUUUUAAUAAUGUUGUAUGAGUUAAAGGAAAAUAAUAAAUUUCCUUUACAUGUACUUUGAAGCCAUGAAUACAUUUUCCUUCAGAAGCAUUAAAACAAAUGUGUAAUUUCAGUAGUGUAUCAAGGAAAAUGUUUU